GACGAACAGGAUCAGGAAACAAGUCCGUCCUGUAUGAUCCUCCCCUAUCCGUACUGCUUCCUGGCAGCUCGGAGCACGUGGAAACGCAAGAUGCCUUUUUGAACGUUAAACCCCGCGACAAGCUCGUUGUAGGGACGCGAUGGAGGAGAAAUGCUCUCCGUCUGAUUUUUGGCUUACUGACGAGGAAGUCGCAAAGUGGAUGGACAGCGCUUUUGCCAUGGCAAAAGAGGCCCUGGAGAAGGGAGAAGUUCCAGUGGGAUGUUUGAUGGUUCACCAAGACCAAGUGGUCGGAAAGGGAAGGAACCAGGUCAACCGGACCAAAAAUGCCACCCGGCACGCGGAGAUGGUGGCUCUGGACCGGCUCCUGGAUUGGUGUCGCCGCGGUAACCGCGACGUCCGGAGCGUGUGCGAGCGGACGGUUUUGUACGUGACGGUGGAGCCCUGCAUCAUGUGCGCCGCCGCGCUGCGCCUCAUGAACAUUUCCACGGUGGCGUACGGCUGCGGGAACGAGCGCUUCGGAGGGUGCGGCUCCGUCCUGGACGUGGGCUCGGCCCGCUUGCCUCGCACCGGAAACUCCUUCAAGUGCGUCUCAGGCCACAGAGCGGACGAGGCGGUGGAGAUGCUGAAGCUCUUCUACAAGCAGGAGAACCCCAACGCCCCCAAACCCAAAACCAGAAAGGAGUGAGGCACAUUUUUCUUCAUAUUGUCAUUGAUCAUCAUAUUGUAUUUGUGUUCUUUACUUGCAUUUCUAAUAAAAAUGAAAGAAAAUAA